AUGUCGCAUUUGUACGAAGAGGUCUACAAGAAGAGGAAGUAUUACGAUAGGGCCCUUUGCAACGACUAUGAGGACUGGCUGAACAAAAUUCAAUUUUCCAAAACGGUGUACAUUGGCAAUUUGUCCAUUUAUACAACGGAGCAGCAGAUUUAUGAGCACAUGCGCCAGGCAGGAAACGUGGAAAACAUAAUAAUGGGUCUGCACCGCACGGAGAAGUCGCCCUGUGGCUUCUGCUUCGUCGUGUACAAAAGCAAAGAGGGGUACACGCAGGCUGUGAAUUUUCUGAACAACUCCAUCCUGGACGGAAGAAUCAUAAGGGUGGAUGAGGACCUGGGAAUUAUUGGAAGGAGAAAAUAUGGACGUGGAAAAUCGGGAGUUCAAAAACGAGACGAGAGAAAUAAAUACUAUGACGAGGAUCGACCCCAAGUCCUAGACCAAUUAGUGGAUAAUAAUUUGAUUUCGAAAAAGAGAAAGCUUAACAAUGUCGGUAUGAACGCUCCUCCUUACUAUGAGAGGAAUGUCAAGCAGAGAACCACCCUGUACAAUACGUUUGAGCAGUCCUCGGGAGAAUUUAGGGUUAACAGGCCCGUCUACCUGAAGCCCACCGUUACCCUGUACCCCAAUGUGCAGCACAUGAUGGAAUACAAUAGAAAUAAAAAUAGUACUGGCCUGUACAACUUUCAUUCCAAAAGGGGCGGCAAGAGGCGAACUUGA